AUGGAAGACUCCUCUUACGACAACUACCGAUAUGAUUACAUCUCAUCAGAUUACCUCACAGAGCUCUGUGCUAGAAAAGACGCUGCGAAAGAACCAGCUGUAGAAGAACCGCAUCUUCAACUCUCUGAGAACAACAACGACGAGCGAUACACCCUCAUUCUUUACUGCCUUCUCGCUGUUGUCUUUCUCAACAUGAUCCUGACGAUUGUUGUCCUCUCCACCGUCACAAAGAAAAGAAAAACGAAAAAAGCUCCGAAAUCAACACUACUCAUCAGCGGCCCCCUUCCUGAAGAAAUUUGA